AUGGGCUCAAAAUCAAAUGCAUCAAACUUGGGAAAGUCCAAAGCGGCUUCCACAACUGUCGUGAAAGCUAGCAACGCGACCAGAGAGGUUGCUGCUGCACCUGACUCUCAGGUCUCUGAGAGGGAGAUCCGCAACGUGUGGCACUCUAUCAAGACCGCCAACGAGAACAGAGGCAAGAACAACGCAAUCAUUGCUGUCGUUCCAGAAAUUCAGGUCAAAAAUAUGCAGGACAAAAUUAAGAAACGGGAAAAACAACUCUCGUCCAAAGUCCUCGUGGCCAGCGAAAAGAACCUGCAGCAGCUCAUCGAACAGGUCGCCAACUCGAUUGCUGAGCCGUCAAAGGGAAAAGCCAAAAGUCUCCGACAGGGAGAAGUCAUGGACAUUAUUGUCUCCUACGCAAUCAACAUGAUAACUUACAGAAUCCCGGCAACGGUCAAAACAGUCAAGGUUGAUGCUUGCCAAGGAAGCCCGCCCGCGUACAAAUUGAACAUUGGGUUAAAGUCAACCUACUGUGAGGUGAAUACCUUCAACUGGUUCCAUCAAGGCAACAAGAUGCUCGACAAGCGGUCGCUAGAGCAUAGCCCGAAGUGCUUCUUUGACUGCAAUGAGGACAUGGACCAAGUGAGAGCGCUAGUGAAACCGCCUACCGACCCGAUACCCCUUCCCACGGCGAUUGAACUCGCUGGUAUGAAGGAUAUGUUUGUUGACUUGACAAAAGAAUGCAUGGAACAAGAGUCCAAGAAAAAAAAUGAUACUCACAAAGUUAGUCCAGGAGUUGUGGGUUCAUCUAGUCCGCAGACUGACGGCACAGAAACGUGGUUUCAGAAGUGGAAGGCGGUUCUGGCGACCGUCAUAGGAAUUGCCUCUGGCAUUUCCGGUGCCGGUAUAUUCACCACUGGAUGGGUCACAGCAGCAGGGGUUUACAUCAAAGGGCCUUGCGGCCUCGCCAUCUCGGCCGGAUACUUUCAUGGUGCCGUCGUAUCCGGUGCUGUAUUGACGGGCGUCGGUACGGGUAUGGUCGUCCCUGGUAUGUUGUAUUUGAUCCCAUGGCGCAGGGUAUUCGAAAUGUUGGGACAGAUGCUAGCGAGCAUUUGGGGUCAUAUUUGUGAAGCAAUAAGCUGGCUAUGGGGCAAAAUAAAAGAACUAGCUAGCACUGUCAUUCAGGAGAUCCAGAAUGUUCGGAAUGCCUUUUUGGGUCAGGCUUUCUCACGGGCAGUGCCUGCCAGAUAUGGGUGA